GGGGAUCCACAAAAGAUGGAAAAACGCAGACUGGACUGUGUUGGACUACCCCCAGGCUGGAAGCGAGAAGAAGUAGUCCGAAAAUCGGGACUGUCUGCGGGGAAGACUGAUGUUUAUUACAUAAGUCCAGAUGGUAAGAAGAUAAGAAGCAAACCCCAGCUGGCUCGACAGCUAGGUGAACAGUUUGAUCUUAGUGCUUUUGACUUCCGCAGUGGUCGAAUUAACCACAGUCAACUGAGAAAAAGUAAGCGCCCACAAGGACCGUAUGACUUCACCAGAGGUUUGUCUCAAUUUGAUUGUUAUUUUUUAGUAUUGCCUAUCAGGCAGACAGCCUCCAUCUUUAAACAGCCAGUCACCGUCAUACACCGAGAGGAGAGCAAGACAAAAUCAGAGUUAAAACAUGGACCACAAGAUCCUCCCAAACAGUUGUUCUGGGAGAAACGACUACAAGGCAUACAAGCUUGUGAUAGUCAAGAAGAGGUCAUCAAGGCACUGGAUCUGCCCAGAAAUGUACAGGGUGUAGGGCCAGAGCUGACAACAGAAAACAUUUUACAGAGUAUAUCAGCAGCUCUCCACAUCAGCAAUAGUCCUGUUGUGGGUCAGGGUAAUAACAGAGCAACAGUGGCCAAAAACCCAGGUGUCAACAUCGAUGUCUAUCAACCACACAUACAGCAAGUAAUUGUGUCAGAAGAGGACAUCCGCCGACAAGAACUGAAGGUGAUCGAGGCCAGGAAGAAGCUGCAGGACGCCAUUAAAGGACUAGUGUAGUGUCCGCGUGUGUAGGAACUAUUUAUAUAAAACUGUCAUGUCAAAACCCAGUAGAUCUGAGAUCAUGAUAUGUGUCUUUUUACUUGUGAGGGCUGUACAGUACCCCUAACUGUGGUCCACAGACAUUGUAUGUGUGUGUAUUCAUUUUGCUUUUACCAUAGAGUUGUCAGAUUUUCAUUGUUUCUGUACUAAUGUUAGAAUGACUUCAAAGAUCAUUUGUCAUAUAUAUUGAAUAAAAAUGCAUCCAGUGACUUUUUUGCUAUUACAGCAUAAUGUACGACUUAUACAGUAUUUUAGUAUUUGCACAAGUUGAUUUUUCACCAAGUCAGUGUAGAUUUGAUUUAGCAAUUUCUGAAUGUACUUUAUUAUACACAUAUUAAUAAAUGUACACAAGUAUGGAUCUGCUAUAUCUGAUCAUGUUGUUCCUUUUGGGUACUCUGUAGCUAUAUCUGAAAUGAUACACACAGCAUACAGUGUGCUUUGUGUAUCAUUUCAGAUAUAGCUACAGAGUACCCAGAAGGAACAUUACUUCUAGGAUUGUCUUGAAGUUAAAAAAUAUAGGUAUUGAUUCAUUACAAAGUGUUUAAGUUAGAGUCUGAUCUUAGCCAUAAAUUCCAAUACCAUGUAUUGGAAGUGUAGAAUUUCACUUCUGCAGACCUGUCAUGGGUUAAGGUAGUUCAAUCCUGAGGUUUAUAAAAUUAGCAGCUAAGUAACCAAAAAUAACUCAUAAAAGUAUCUCUGAAUCCACAAAGUUAUGUAAAUUUAUCCACAGUAUUUCUUUAAAGUUAAAGAUUAAAGUUUAUUAUAUUAAACAGGGAAAAUCGUCAAAUCUCCAAUAUAUUUGCAGAAAAAGCGAAAUGGAAUAUCAGCGAUGCGUUUUCUAAUUGCAAAUUGAUCAGCAAAUGUACCUAACAGCAGUCGUUUAAAUCGAAACAUUAAGAUAUGCUCGAUGUUUCAAUUAGAAAGUAACUUUUUGUGUGUCCCAUAUCCGUUUUAGUGUUGGUGUGCCCUACAUCAUUUCUGAAAACAAAAUGAUUUAUACUUUUUUCUUGGAUAAUUAAAGCAUAAUAAACUAUUAAACAAAUCUUGUUUUUUUUUAAAUAUUAGUUCUAGUGUAAACGCGGAAGAAUAAAAUGUCUAGUACAUCUGGACAUGCGAAUAAUAGGUCGAAUUUUAAAAAUGUGUGCCCCGCAUCCCGGGUUUUUCUUACUUGUUUUCGAACUGUGUCGAAGUGUUUGGAGCAAUAAGAUUCUAUCACGAACAAACGUACAAUAUAUAUUGUAGUUGAUGUUCUUUGGCAUACUUUAGGCAGGAUACAGAUUUAAUAUCCAUUCUUUAUAAGUGCAAAAAUAUCAAUUUCUUACAUCGAAGCGGAGCAUUUGUCCUCCAUUUUUGUGUGUCCUAAUCCCGUACGAUGAUGUAGAUUCCCCGCCGUGAACUAUUCAUCCUGUUAAUUAUAUCAUUAAUUAAACUGAUCAUAUGGCAAGA